ACACCGCUCUAGCCCGCUGUCUCCCUACUCCAAAGUUCGGAUUCUUCCGCGGGAGUGACGCCAUCAGGGUGCGCGCCGCUUGCCAGUAUUUGCCCACGUGUUUGGGGUGAAGACAGCUGCGAUGGGGCUGGUGCUAAGGCAAGGGCUGCCCAGGCUGAAGUCAUUCAACAGGCUGCAGGUUAUAAUACAGCACUUAAGUAUGUCUGGGACUGCGGAUUCUUCACCUGAUGUUCUGCUUGAGAAAAAAGGGUGUGCUGGUGUUAUAACCAUGAAUAGACCCAAGGCUCUGAAUGCAUUAACUCUUUCCAUGAUUCGACAGAUAUAUCCACAACUGAAGAAAUGGGAACAGGAUCCCGACACCUUUCUAAUUAUCAUAAAGGGUGCUGGAGAUAAAGCUUUCUGUGCAGGGGGUGAUAUCAGAGCUAUCUUUGAAUCAAGGAAAAGUGGAGACAGUGUUGCACAAGAUUUCUUCAGAGAAGAAUACGUCCUGAACAAUGCAAUUGGUACCUGCAAGAAACCAUAUGUGGCACUUAUUGGUGGAAUUACAAUGGGCGGUGGUGUUGGUAUGUCUGUUCAUGGGCAUUUCAGAAUUGCUACAGAGAAGACGCUUUUUGCAAUGCCAGAGACUGCAAUAGGCCUUUUCCCUGAUGUGGGUGGAGGCUACUUCCUGCCAAGACUUUCAGGGAAGCUGGGCUUUUAUCUUGCCUUGACUGGAUUUAGGUUGAAAGGAAGGGAUGUACAGAAAGCAGGGAUUGCAACUCACUUCAUCGAAGCAGAGAAGGUGGCUGCCUUAGAAAAAGAUCUGACAGAAUUAAAAUCCCCCUCAAAGGAAAACAUUGGCGAGAUCUUGGAUUUGUAUCAUAAGAAGGUGUGUGGAUAUAGACCGGCUGGGGGUGAUGAUCUGCUGGGUCUUCCCUGCGGGCCCCGCUGCUCUCACCGCUCUCCUUUCAAGGACCUGCCCUUGUCGUUCACCUCCUCCGAAAGCUACUGGGCCUGCCUAGACCCAAGGAAGUGCCUGCGGACGAUGACUUCCAGCAGCCCUGGGCAGCAGCGUGCCUUGGAUAUGUUCAAAACUGACUCCGAAAACGUUUUGUUUUGUCCACAGACCAUUUCUAAAAUGUCGCCAACAUCUUUGAAGAUGACCUUCAGGCAGCUUAGAGAAGGGGCAUCCUUGAGCCUGCAGGAAAUACUCGUUAUGGAGUAUCGAUUGAGCCAAGCAUGUGUGCGAGGCCAUGACUUCUACGAAGGCGUCCGCGCAGUUCUUAUUGACAAAGACCAGUCCCCAAAAUGGAAGCCAGCUGCUCUAGAAGAAGUAACCGAUGAAUUUUUGGACUCAUGCUUUCAGUCUCUUGGAACCAGUGAUCUCAAGUUACCGUAGAUUUUGGACAGAUGCCAGCUUCACGGAUGCCAGCCUUAUCGUCGCUUUCUUUCACACAAUGAAUUGUAUGCUUACGAUUUCAACAUGCAAAGAGAUCAUCGGCAUUGGGUGGAACACUUAUUGCUGUUAUUUAAUGAAGAGGAGCUAUAUUUUGGAGAUAAGUACAGGACUAGAGAGAGUUAUUGGGGAUGUCCCAUAAAGGCAUUCACAUUUUAGGAUGGGAGUCUCUGUUUGCGCAUUUCUACUUCUACAUGUAAAAUAAAACAUAUUAAUAUAAA